AUGGGUCCGAUGGCGAAGCCGAUACGGCAAGCUCUGAAAUACACCCAUCCGGACUAUGAGGCGGCUAGACUUGCACUUCAGCAAGAAGAGCAACAGCAAGCAUUCGAUUUUGCGUUCAAACAAGACCAAUCGGCUCUUGAAGUCCAAGCCAACAAGAUUUUUGAGAGGAUUCGGAUCACCGAACAUGAACGAAUACUUUCAGUAUCCGGACCAGAAGCAGAUAAAAAAUUCUAUUCUGCUCUCUCGGCAAUCGAAACCAGCGACCUUAUGCGUAUAGCUCGACGGGCACCCAAAGGAGCAUUGCUACACUGCCAUUUUGAUGCAAUGUUACCCCCGGAAACGAUGAUACCCGUGGCACAAGAAAUGCACAACAUGCAUAUCAGGUGUACAGUACCCCUUGCUACGCCCUGCAGUUUUGUGGAAGCCCUGCCCGAAAUGCGGCUGUUGACCCAGACGGAAGCCGCGGCGAUGUCGCAUGUCAAUAUUUUCCACGAAGAUUAUUCUCUGGAGACUUGGAUGCCGUACAGGAACUUCAGACAGCAAUUUCCCACCGGAGAACAAGCAGCAGAUAAGUGGCUCGUGUCAAAGAUCCUCUUACAGAAGCACGAUGCAUAUUCUCCUGAACGAACUAACUUGGAAACCAGUAUCUGGAAAUGCAUGAACAACUCCAUGCGAAUCAACCGGGGCCUUCUUCGAUAUGAACGGGCAUGGAGAGAAUACAUUCGCCGAAUCAUUUGGAAUCUGGCCGAGGAUGGUAUAUGCUAUGCAGAAAUUCGUUUUGCAAUGCACUACGGCAGUACAGUCACAACCGACAAUGGUGAACGGACUCUCUCUCAUGAGGAAAUGCUAGAAAUUGUCCAGGAAGUUCUUCAGCAGGAGAAGGAAAAGCUUGGCCGGAGGGAGAUUCUCUUCUACGGCAUUAAAAUAAUUUAUGCCAACCUCCGAGGAUGCACGCAGUGGGAAAUGAAGUGGUGCAUUGACGAUGUUAUUCAUCUCAAACAAAGAUAUCCGGAUCUUAUUUGCGGUUUUGAUCUUUGUGGCCAAGAGGACGCUGGUAAACCGCUUUCCUUCUGGGUGUCGGAUCUCGUUGACAUGCAAAAGCAAUGCCAAAAACUCGGUUUAGAUAUUCCCUUCAUCCUUCAUGCAGGAGAGACACUCGAUGAUGGUGGCGAAGCAGAUUCAAAUCUGUAUGAUGCUGUAUUACUUGGGACAAAACGGAUUGGCCAUGGAUACAGUCUGUUAAAACAUCCUUUUCUUAUCGAGAUCUGUAAGGAAAGGAACAUUGCCAUCGAGAUAUGUCCGACGAGUAAUGAGCUGCUGGGCUUGUGUGAACAGAUUCAAGCUCACCCGGUCUAUGCAUUGCUGGCGCGAUCUGUGCCCUGCACAAUAAACACCGACGACCCGGGCUUUUGGGGGUAUUUGGAGACCUUUUACUAUCCUGUAGCUUAUUAUGUGACGACAACUAACCAAUAUUAUAGGUCCUCCAGUUCACACGAGCUGUAUCAACUUACUAUCGGGUCUAGAAAAAUCUCCCUUCCUGGAUGGAAACGUCUUGCAGAAUGGAGUUUUGAUUACAGUUGCAUGGACGAGGAUGAAAAGAUAUGCCGCCAAAAAAGGUUUCAAGAGGAUUGGCAAUUGUUCUGUACUUGGAUUGUUGAAAACUUCCCAGAUGUCAAGCAAGACGAGGGCGAUGCCAGUUAG